AUGCGACGAUGGACCGCGACGCGUCGUUUUUGCACCAACAACUUCCGACAGUAUCGAAAGGAAACACUGCAUUACGCUCAAAAACACUGCGAAGACUGCUCUCCACCCCCUUCUCAAACUAGAAACCAUGUUGAACGUGGCAGGACAUACACCACCGCUGCUGCUCAAAUCGCAUCUUAUGAUUCCCCUCGAUCAACCCAGCAUCAUCCCCUUCCGGCUCGUCCCAAGAUACAGCAUUUACAGUCUUCUCCGCUACCACCCAAACCACCCCCAAAAUCUUCACAUAGAGAUACAGAUAUACGGAAUCCAGUCAUUAAUCUUCAGCCCCAACUCCAACAAAUACGUUCUAAUCUUUAUACGCUACUGGGAUCGGCGCAUCCUUCACUCAAUGACCUUCUUCACUCGACGAACUAUUUCCCUCUCACCAACCAAAGGAAAAUGUUACGAGUGCUUAUAGUACUCUUGUGGGCGAAGGCGGUGAACGGGAAGAGUGUAGGCUGGGAGGCAAAACUCAGAGAGAGCAAUUCACGAGGAGGAGAAGCGUUGACUUGUGCUGGCGUAUUGAACGACCCCAACCCGAAUACACCAGACCACAGGGAAAGCUUUGAACAGAUCUUCCCACUGAGAACGCCCCACUCGAUAUCCCCACACUCUGAAGAAUACUUGGCAGGCGAGAACGGAGUUAUUCUCCCCACCCAAUUGCGUCUAGCGCAGAUAAUUGAGAUGAUUCACACUGCUGGGAGUUUGCAUGAUAUGGUCACCUCCACGGGUUCCCCGUCCCUCCCUUCGUCUACCAAUAGAAAUGCCAACUCAGACGCGUCUUUUUACAACAAACUCGCCAUUCUUGGUGGUGACUUUCUUCUUGGUCGCGCUUCGCACGCUUUAUCUCGCCUAGGUGACGCAGAGGUUGUGGAACUUAUCGCGAGCGUGAUAUCUAACCGGGUAGAAGGUGAAAUGUGGGGGAUGGAAAAGCUUACUAGUAAAGCUUUUUCUGCUCUUCAGCCUUCGUGGGUUUUGUACAUGAGAAAGAUAUAUUUGUCCACGGCUUGUCUGUUUGCCAAGGGAGCACGAGCUUCAGCGGUGUUGGCGGGGUGCAAAGAGGGGCAAAAGGAAGCGUUAUGGAGAGAGGCGGCUUAUACGUUUGGUCGUCAUUUCGGGAUUGCUAGUGAGCUCUCCGAAGAUAUCGCUCGCUUCGAGUCCUCAAAUUUCUCGCCUUCACCUUGCAUCUCUGCACCUAUUCUUUUUACCUGGGAGACACACCCCGACGUUGUUACACCGAUGAUACAGAGGGGAUUAACCGGUGAAGGGGACCUUGAGGCAGUAGGUCCCGCUUCCCUAGUCGCCGUCGGGUUGGACUUAGGUUUAUAUUUCCAUGCAGAUUAA